AUGCCUGUGAUUCCAGAGGAUCGCCGCCGCACGUAUUGGGAGGUGCUCGGGUUGAAGCCCGGUAGCAGUUUUGAUGAGAUCAGGAAACAGUACAAACGACUCGCUCUGGUGAGAAGCGGCGCCGCUAGCACAAGAGAAGGGGUGCAGCGUAUCGCGCGGCAUGCGGGGCUCUGUGUGUGUGUGCAGAAGGUUCAUCAGGACAAGCCCGGCGGGUCCAAGGAACAGUUCCAGCAAUUGUCCGAGGCCUACGAGUUCUUCAAGGCCGAGUUUGGCAGCUGCCACUGGACAGACGAAACCCUCAAGGUGGGCAGCGCAGAGGGCAUACACGUGGCUGUCCGCUGCGAUGAGUGAAUGAUGCAUUCCUCCGUGUCUGUGUGUGUAUGUUUGGUGGGUCAGAGGAAGGCGGAGGACCUGUUGGCCGAGGUAGGUAGGGGGGGAAGGAAGGCACCACGCUCUUCGCAUUCCUCAUGCCGCCUUUCUUCCAAUGUGUGUGUGCACCACAAUUCGCAGUUGCGUGAGAUCAUCCAGAAACUCCAGGAGGUCAUCGACGAUCGGACGGGCGACGACGCGUACGAGGCCUGCAUGGCCCUCAGGGCGGCCAACGAGGCACGGCAGAAGAAGAGGGAGGAGGCCAUCAACAGGCGGCGUGGCGAGCAGCAGAAGCAGCGGGCGUUGGACGAGCAUGACCUGGGCAUCGAGGCUACAGUCGCUGCCUACAUCACGGCCAACUACGAGCUGCCCAAGGACGGUGCCACCACCAAGACGAAGACCACCCACCAGCACCGAGGGCAAGCAGAAGCGGGCGAGCAAGGCCAAGCAGGCGGGGGAACAAGGGGGUCUGGGAAUUCCUCGGCCCCUUCUCCGUCCGCUGCAGCCCUUGCCUUUAUCGUUGCCUACAUUUUAUAUUCGGUUGCGAUCGUUUCCCGUGGCAUGUGCUUUGGUGAGUGA